CUCCAUGGCUCGUGCAGUGUCGCCUUGAUUAACAUGCUCAUUCCGAGGCUUGGCGAUGGAAGCAGCAGUCCUCAGUUAUCCUCUCGGACGACAACGGUCACACUCUGGACAUGCGUGGUCGCACUUUGUCCACCUCGAGUCGCGUCAUAAGGCUGGAUGCUGACCCAAUCACGACGCGUUGGCUCAGACGCGCCAUGGGUCCACUGCCCGCACCCGCGCCCCAUCUGGAGCACCGCACAAGGCUGAUGCUUGUCUCACCCACACUUCGAAUGCAACGCCAACUGCAAACAGACCUUACUCACCUCCACGAUUCUAGCGCGCUAUGCGAUACGUUACAUCACUAUCCACAACAUGUCUACUUCCGAAUCAGAUGUCCUGAAGCCGAGGGAAUCCACGCUGCACGAGGACGACUGGGCCGAAUUCCCGCUGAGCGAUGUGUCGGUCGUGUACGAAGCCACCAAGAAGCCAGCGAGCCUUUUGGCCGCCUACGCGAACUGCCCGCUCACAGUGAAAGGACGCCUCGACAUGCCUGAGCGAAGACAUGCACACCACCUACUCAAGAAACCGCACAAACCCACCAAUAUCGUGGUUCGUAACGUCACGCGCUUCGCAUAUGCCCAACUUGACGACGGGGCCUGCGCACUUUGGGCAUUGGGAGAAGCAGGAUGGUUCAGCGUCGAAGCACCCGCAGCACACUACCAGAGCACAUACGAUGCGGACAUACAGGCUGUGGAGCUGCUGUACUUCCUGAUCGACUGCUAUUCGGAGAUGCCAAGGAAGAAGGGCGGUGGCCCCAGCGCGUCGUUACUGUACCGGGAGUACGCCGAGAAGGAGAAGUCUGCCUGCAGAGAUCCCGCAGAAGCAGAGCAGAUCUUCUACAAGCACCGCGAAUUCCUCCUCAUGAGCUUCCUGGGGCGGACGUAUGGGAUCAGCUGGAGCAACACGCCAAUCUACCAGACUAUCAAGCGACAGUUUCCCUCUGACUUCGAACGAUGUAAGGCUCGGCACGAAGGACGCUACGACGAGAUCAAGCCCGAACGAACAUCACGUACCUCGAGAACGUCUCCUGCUCCCGUGUCGACAGCGAAGAAGGUACAAAAAGGCAAGGGCAACACGGUCGUGGCUAAGACAGAAGAUGCGCCGAAGAAAGACGACAAUUGGUGGGAGUCGGCUACACUGUUCGAGUUCAUGCAGAAAGCUGUCAAUCAGCGCGUGGUACGAGCGGGUCGCAACAGUAUCACAGUCGAACGAGUUGCCCAGCUGAUCAUCAAGCGCUACGAGAUCGAGGAUAUACAGACGGCGAGAAAUGUGCUUCUGGUGCAUGCGCAAAAUCUGUGCUACAUGAUGGACCACCCGCGACGGCAAAACACCCGAUUCUUCGCAGCAGAGCCGAUUUACCGCGAACUAACAGCCGGACACACGUUUUCGGCGGCUGACCAAAGAAGAGCGGAAGCCGUGGAGCUGCGGCCACGGAAAGACCAUGCUUCGCUGCGAGGAGAAGAUAGCGAGUCAUCAGACACUUCAAACGAUGACGACGCGGGAGACGGCGUGAUGACAACACCGAAACAGCGAAUGCCUGGGAGAAGUAAGAAAGGCACUCUCUCAGUGCUUCGACCGAAAAGCGGCAAAUUCUCAGGCAAGGGCACGGGCGCAAAUCGAGGCGGAAAAGGCAAGACGAAACCACCCAUACCGGUGUCCGACUCAGAAGCAGACUCAGCAAGCGACGGAGAAGACGCCAUGGCCAGGGACACACCAACCCACGCCCUCUCAUCCGGACCGAAGCGCAAGCUGGACACAUCAGACGAAGCAGAAGAAGGCAAACGGCAACGCGCCCACAGCUCCCCGAUCCCGCCCUCCCCAUCCACCUCAGCCGACGAGACACCCGAACCCGGCACCGCCGACCCUCCUCUCCCGCUGCGCUACCGCGCAGGCACGAGCCAUACCGAAUCCACAGCGCCCGCUCGCCCGGCGAUCUUGUCGACGCCACUCCCCACGUACGAGUCCAACGGCCCGCGAGACUCGUGGAUCUGUGCAUUCGACGGCUGCGCACAGCGCAUCUACGGCUGCAGCAAGGAGAUUGGCCGACAGCUCAUCACGGAGCAUUUAGAGGACCACACCAAGGGGCGGGAGAAGGUGGUGGGGAUCCUGUGGCGCGAGCAGGAUAAGCUGCAUCUGCCUGUGAAUAAUCUUAUCAAGAAGAUACGGGAGAUGGGCGAGGCGAGGACUCCGCUCUUCCCGGCUGACAUGGUGAGGACGCAGUCUAUACAUCGCCGUGUGUGAUGCCGCAUGCGCGUGAGUAUAUUCAUGUUUGUGUCCACAUCCACAUCCACGUCCACGUCCACGUCCACGUCCACGUCCACGUCCACAUCCACAUCCACGUCCACAUCCACAUCCACGUCCACAUCCACAUCCACGUCCACGUCCACGUCCACGUCCACGUCCAC